UAAAAGUCAUAAAAUUACAUUAGAAUCAUCAAUUGAGCCUUGAUAUUUACAUCAACUUUUUGGGCUCUACGUGUUUGAAAGAUUUUUUUUUUUUUUUUUUUUUUUUUUUUUUUUUUUUUUUUUAACAUAAAUGAACAAGUAUGACGUACUUGUGCUACGAUUAGUAAUUGUAAUUUAAACCAUAUUAAUAAUCAGUUUCAUAUUAGUUACGGAUAUUACCAAACGAAAAUAAUUUUUAAAUUGUAGUUAUUGAGUUGGGUUGACUUUUAUGUUAUUUUGGCCAGUUAUUGCCUUCCAUCCCCUUACCUAUAGUAGCAAAUUAAAAAAUUCUAACAAAUUGAAAUAAUCCUUGGUCUCAUGCAUACUCACACGCAACAACAUGCAUGCUUGAUUGGGUGAUGCUUUCAAUUAUAACGAAAUAGUAUAUACGAAGUAUACUAUAAUCACCCAACAACUUCUAUAAAAAAAAAGUUCCAACUUAACAUUAUUUGUUCAAUAAUCUCUAUUAAUAAGCAUUAAACAAGCUUACAGAAAAUACUAGCUAGUUUUAAUGGCUUUAAUAUCAGGGCAAAAACCCCAUGCUGUAUGCAUCCCAUACCCGCUGCAGGGUCACCUAAACCCAAUGCUACAGCUAGCCAAAAUCCUCAACUCUAGAGGCUUCCACAUUACGUUCGUAAACACCGAGUAUAAUCACAAUCGUCUGCUGCGAUCACAGGGGCCUGAGGCCCUUGCUGAUCGCCCAUCAUUUUGUUUUAGAACCAUACCGGAUGGGUUGCCCCCUACUGAUGCUGAUUCUUCACAGGAUGUCCCUUCGCUGUGCGCCUCCACCGAGACCAACUGCCUCGAACCCUUCAAGGACCUCAUCGCCCGCCUCAAUGAGGCAGGCGAUGUGCCUCCUGUGAGCUGUAUUGUUUCAGAUGGUGCCAUGUCUUUUACGGUUGAUGCAGCUGUUGAGUUUGGAAUUCCUGAUGUUUUGUUUUGGACUACUAGUGCUUGUGGUUUUUUGGGUUAUGUUCAGUACCAAAAGCUUAUUGACUUGGAACUUUUUCCUUUCAAAGAUGAAAACUUCGCUACAAAUGGAGACCUUCAAACAAUCUUAGAUUGGGUACCUGCAAUGAAGGACAUCCGAAUGCAAGAUCUCCCAAAUUUUAUAAGAACUACAGAUCCUAAUGACUUUAUGGUCAAUUACAUUACACGGCUAAUUAGCAAGAUAAAAGAAGGAUCCGCGAUCAUUUUUAACACCUAUGAUGUGUUGGAACACGAUGUUCUUGAAGCUCUCUCCUCCGAUUUCCCUUCCCUUUACACUGUCGGUCCGUUGGAACUCCUCGAAUCCAUUGAAGAUUGCAAUGAUGAUAAAACAAAAGCAAUAUCUACGAGUUUAUGGAAAGAGGACACACGUUGCCUUGAAUGGCUCGAGUCCCACGAGCCAAACUCUGUGGUAUACGUAAAUUUUGGAAGUGUUACUGUGAUGACUAAUGACCAAUUAAUAGAAUUUGCAUGGGGACUUGCUAAUAGUGAAAAGCCGUUCCUUUGGAUUACUCGACCUGAUUUAGUCAUCGGAGAUUCAGCUGUUCUCCCACCGGAGUUUCUAGAGAAUACGAAAGAUAGGGGACUUGUUACAAGCUGGUGUGAUCAAAAGCAAGUGUUGACUCAUCCUGCAAUUGGAGGGUUUUUGACUCAUUGUGGUUGGAACUCGACAAUAGAGACUUUGAUCAAUGGUGUGCCAAUCGUAUGUUGGCCAUUCUUCGCGGAGCAACAGACUAAUUGUUGGUUUUCUUGCAAUAGUUGGGGUAUUGGGAUGGAGAUCGAUGUGAAUGUGAAGAGGAGUGAAGUUGAGGGACAAGUCAGAGAAUUGAUGGAUGGAGAGAAAGGGAAGGAGAUGAAGGAAAAGGUGAUGGAGUGGAAAAGGCUAGCACAUGAGGCUGUAACUGCUCCAAAUGGGUCUUCUUACAACAAUUUGGACAAGGUUAUCAAAGUGCUUCAAUCUUCUGAAUAGUAAUUUGAUUGAUUUCUACUACGGAUUUGUUGGACUUUUUUUACUCAAGAAUUUGAAUUACUAGCAUUUGUUUGUCUUUUAUUUUUACAGGAAUUUGAAGCGUUUAUUAUUACAAGAAUUGUCACAA